UGAGUUGCUGUUCGGGAGUGCUGUGAGCUGUGAGACUAGCUCAGAGCAUUAGGACCUUGCAGACACUGGGAGGAAAGUCACAUGGGCGGAAGCGAAGCAAGCUAGGAAUUAAUAGAUGAAGGAAACUGAUACUGCUGGUAAUUUCUACAACGUGGGGCUUUUCCAUACACAAAAGAAAUGCCUGAUAUUCCAACUACGUUUAACCGUUUGGGGGUAGACUCCACCCGGGUUCCAGAUUUCUGGUUGUAUCGGUGUCUGAGGAGACUAAGUGGGCUCCUGGCACACAUCCUGGCGCUUGGCUUUACCAUAUUCUUGAUAAUACUUGCCAGGCCUGGUACCAGCCUAUUCUCAUGGCAUCCUAUCUUCAUGGCUAUUGCUUUUGUUUUAUGUAUGACAGAGGCUGUCCUUCUUCUGUCUCCAGAAACGUCCCCUCUCUGCCCCCUUUCCAGGAAAUCCAAGACUCGCUUACAUUGGUUAAUGCAACUGUGUGUUCCCCUUUUGGCUGGCAUUGGCUUUGCCUUUAUUGUGUGCAGCAAAAACCGUAGUGAGCACUUACAUAUGACCUCGUGGCACAGCAUUCUGGGAGUGUUAACUUUAGGAGCUACAUGUUGUCAGCUUGUGUGCGGUAUGGCACUGCUUUGUCCCCGACUUGCUCGGAUCAGUGCAGUUUCACGACUCAAGUUGUAUCAUGCAACCUGUGGACUUCUUGUCUAUCUUCUGGCCACAUCCACAGUGAUCCUAGGCUUGUGUUCAGACUGGUUUCGGGCUCAAAUAAAGGGGCCUAUUUGGUAUAUCUGCCUUGCCUUACCUCUGUAUCCUGCACUUAUCAUCAUGAACCAAGUGUUGGACAUUUACCUUCCCAAGCGCAAAGGAGAGAUGUGAUAUUAUUGUACCAGACACUGGAGUCAUUGGUGGGAUGUAGACAGUUAGUCUAAACUGCUUUAAAAAUGUUUCAUUACUUCAUUGGAGUUUUGCUGUACAUAUCAGUGUAUUUUAAGUUUUCUUUGCAGUCAUUUGAUGCAAUCACCCUGGACGAACUCUGGGAUGUAUUUCAGAACAAACCCAUUAAUUAUGUAAAGCCUUAGGAACAAGAAAGGGAGAUCAUGACAGAUAAGCUUAUUUUUAGCUUUAACUACAUUUUUUCUUUUGUCUUCCACUGAAUCAGCUAGCAGCUACGCAAGUUUCACUUAAGCAAAUGAAGUGAUGGACAUGUCUUUUUCAACCUCAACUACUAUAUUACUGUGUUAACAGCCAGGGUCUGGCUUCACUAUACAGCACAGACUGCUGUUUAAAGUUUAAGUUAUUUAUUAGUAUGUUAUCAGGCCCGGACUGGCAAUCUGUGGGUUCUGGCAAAUGCCAGAGGGGCUGCUAUAAAGUCCCAUAGAAAUGCAGUAUUUUGUGGGCUGUUUGGGCCUCUAUGUGGGCUGAUUGGGCCUCUGUGUACCAAGGGCCUAUUUUAAUUCUCAGUUCGGACCUGUAUGUUAUUAUUUGGAAGUUGCCAAAUCGAAGCAACUUUUCAACUGGUCUUCAUUAUUUAUUUUUUAUAAUUUUAGUGACCCCCAUCUAAAAGAAAUUGACCCCUAUUUAUAUUGCAAUCUCUUAUUCAAAUCAAUGCAUGGUUGCUAGGGUAAUUUGGACCCUAGCAACCAAAUUGCUGUAAAUGAAAACUGGACAGCUGCUAAAUAAAAAGUUAAAUAACUCCAAAACCACAAAUAAUAAAAAAUGAAACCAGUUGAAAAUUCUCUUGGAAUGCCACUCUUAACAUCAUACUAAAUAUUAACUCAAAUUUGAACAAUCUCUUUAACCUAAGACUGAGAUUCAUUUUUCUAUGAGCCUUUUGUACAACUAAAACAAAAUCAUAGCUAUCCCCUACCUAGAUCAGUUUUUAUAUAGUGCUUCAUUUGAGGGCUAGUUUACUUUACAAUAAUUAUGUUAAAAUAAUUGUUAUAGAAUUAAAGCUGUGCAAUACACUGGGUGUCCAUAAAAAUGUUUGGCCUUAGAGUUAUAGCCUACCCGAAAGUGGUGCAAAAUGCAGGCAAGAAUCAGUAAAUAUUAGUAAAGAUAAUAUUAGUAAAUGUUAGUAAAUAUAAUAAGGAUCCAUACACACAGUAAAUAGUUUAAUGGUGCAUAACCUAUUUUUUACAGCCACAUAAUGUAAAGCAAAACAUGGUCUAGUUCCCCAAAAUAGUGGAUGGCUAAUUUUCUAAAAUGUUAAUUAACUUGUGUGAGUUUUGUUGUAAUUUGCAAAAAAAUUGCGAUUGUAAUUUGCAGUUGUAAUUUGCAAAAUUUGGCAUUUGGAUUUUUGCCAGAAAACUAUUUGGAUUUUUGGGCUAAUUCCAGCACAGACCACAGAAACUUCCAGAUAGGAUAGGGGCCUCUCCCAUUGACUUAUAUACAACCUCGGCAGGUCUGAGAUGGCAGAUUUUCAGAUUCUGACUUUUGGCAGCCUCGGGAUAUACAAAAUCUCGAUAAAUUCGAGUUUUUCACAAGGAAACUGCGGGGGAACUUCGGGAAUACAAAGCGUUUCAUAUGCCAUCCUGCCGGCGGGAAGGCAUUUCAUGGAGAUUAGUCUCCCCAUCUGCCACCACUCUUAAGGGGGUGGUUCACCUUCAAAAAACUAGUUGGUUUCAGAUAGAUCACCAGAAAUAAUGAC